CUCACAGAUCAGUAAUCAAGAAAUGUUUUAAACUAUUAUGAACACUAGAAGAAUCUAGUCCACACAGAUAAUGCAGGGAGUUUUAAGUUACAUAUUAACAGAUGCAUACAUGCCCAGGAACAUAAGGAACAAAUAUUUAUAAGUAACUUUGAUCAAUUUAACCAAAGAAAGUAGAUUCAUCUAGCUUUACUCUUCUAUGAAGUCAGUUAUAAACAAGGACACAUGCCCGUGUGUUAUUUUCAUGAAUUAACUCAUUCUCUUUCUGGCCAUGCAGUCGGUCCGUUGUCCACGUCCCCAAUGUUCUUCAUCAUUAGCAGAAGAUGUCCUGGUGAAGAAGAUUCUCCUCACGCAUGAUCCUGAUGGUCAUUGUGUUGAUUCUGAGUCGCUGCUUCAAAUGAUGGAAAAUGUCAUGUAUUAUGCUACCACAUCAAAUGUUUCUAGGCUAGAUCUACGAGCAAUUGCGAUAGAGAAUUUAUGGAACAGAGUAGUUGGUUCACAUGAAGUACCUCUCUCAGAUACCAUCUAUGGGAUCUCACAUGAAGCACCCCUCUCAGAUACCAUCUAUGAGAUCUCACAUGAAGUACCCCUCUCAGAUACCAGCUAUGGAAUCUCACAUGAAGUGCCCCUCUCACAUACCAUCUAUGGGAUCUCACAUGAAAUAUUCUUCUCAAUUUCACAGAUAUUGUGCAAAUGCUUUGAAGAUGGAGACUUGCAGGCAAGAAUAAUGGAUGUGUUUGAGUUAUUGGGAAGUUAUUCAUGGGAUGCGAAAGUGGUUAUAGUGCUUCUAGCUUUUGCUACAAAAUAUGGGGAGUUUUGGCUAAUUAUGCAGCUCUGCCCUCUCAAUCCCUUGGCUGUAUCAGUUGCAAUGCUUAAGCAACUGCCUGGUGAUUUGGGUGCCUUCAAGCAACAGUUCAAGGCUUUGACAUUGCUUGUUAAAACUAUGUUGGAAGUGACUAAAUGUGUCAUCGAAUUCGAAGGUCUGCCACUGCAACAUGUAAAGCUGGAGGCUGAAGCAAUGGUUGCUACAAGGUCUCAGAUCUAUAGAGCAGCCUAUUGGGUUAUUAGAAGUGCAUUGAUCUGCUCUUCUCAAAUCACAGACUUGGUGGCUACCAAAAAUGAGCAAGAGCACUCAACAUCAACCACCAUUGCAACAUGGGAAAUUUCAAGUUUGGUCUAUUGGGUAAGCUGCAUCCAUGAUAACCUUAGAAGGCAGGUGGAUUUGUGCCACAAUCAGAUAGAGACAAAGCUGGAUAGGAAGCUUUCAGAUCUCUUUAAGGAAACCCAUGAUGACAACCAGGAGAUACUUAAGAAGCUAUUUGCACUAGAAGAUGGCUUCCAACUAAAGCAUGGCUAUACACAAGCAAAGGUAAAAGUGUCUGAGCUAAAAAAUAAAGAAGUAAUUCUCUUCAUAACAAAGCCUAAGAUAGGUUCUGUAGAAGAUUUGUUAUUACUGGUGCAACAAACAUAUGAUCAUCCUCAGCAAAAUGAGUUUAAGAGACAGUAUGAGAUCAUAUGGGUCCCAAUCCCAUGUUCCUGCAGAUGGAGUGAUGUGGAAGAGAAAGAAUACCAUCAAUUCUCUAAUGCCUUACCAUGGUAUUCUAUAUGUCAGCCAUGGAGACUUAGUGCAGCAAUAGUGAACUAUAUCAGAAGAGAGUGGCAUUUCAUGGAGGAACCAUUGAUGGUUGUGUUGGAUAGGUUUGGGAGGGUAAGCUCAUCAAAUGCAAUGGAUAUGAUAUGGAUAUGGGGUGGCCCCAAGGCUUUUCCUUUCUCAGUUGCCAGGGAACUACAACUUUGGGAAGAAGCAAGAUGGUCACUGGAGCUUCUAGUGGACGAAAUUAACUCCUUGAUGUCCUACUGGGUAAAACAGGGAAGAACCCUAUGCUUAUACGGAAGUGAUGAUCUAGAGUGGAUCAGAGAAUUCACUCAUCUAAUGAAGGAGGUAAGAAGUGCAGGUGUGCAGCUGGAGCUGGUGUAUGUUGGUAAGAAGGACUUUGAUGAACAUAUAAGGGAUAUCAUAGAUACAAUUACCAAAGGAAAUCUAGGUGGGUCUCUUUCCUACCUAAAGAUGCACUUCUUUUGGCUUCGUUUGGAGAGUAUGAAAAGAUCAAAACUGAGGCUAGGAAGGACUAGCGAUGCUGAUGGUGUCCUGAAAGAAGUGGAUUCUUUGUUGAGUCCAAAUGCUAGUGUUGAUGGUUGGGGUGUAAUAGGAGAAGGGUCAUCCACAGAUUUUAUGAAGUUAGGAGGAAAGCAACUCAUCGAAUGCUUCAAGCUUUUCCAAUUCUGGGGGAAUGAUAUAGGGAAGAUGGGUUUCUUGGGUGCAAUAAGAAAUGCUCUUGAACCACCAUCACCACCACCCCCUGUGGUCAAGGACCCUUGUAACCGCUCUAGUGUCAUUCCUUAUAUCGAAGGCUUAACCCAAGGGACUCAGGUUUGUGAAGAAUGUAAGCGUCCCAUGGAGAAGCAAAUAUUAUACCAAUGCCUUGUGGCAGAGUAGGGCUUAUCUGUAUAUGUAUGCUUGAACUCCAGGCUAUGUUAUUUUUGGUAAGAGAACUCUGGCUUUGAAACCAUAACGAAAAUACUAAUCUCACUAGCUUUGACUGUGAAGUCACCAUCCAA